AUGGCGGCCGAAGUGCGGAUGGUGCUUUACGAAGACGAUUCCGUGCAAGUGCAGUAUGCGGAUGGCUCCAGGCUGCAGCUUUCUCCCUGUGGCUCUGAAUUUUUAUUUGAAAGGGCACCUCCUGUGUCAGCACAUCCUUUAGAACAACCAGAAAGAAUCCGUCAAAGGACUCACUUUGUUAUUAGCACUUACCGAGAGCAACUACAGAGAGCCCUAGAUUUUCGAAACUCUUUCGCCACUUGCCCUUUUUUAUCUGAAAACAUUAUACCUCCUGAAAGAAAAAAGCGUAUCCUCAUCGACAUCCCAGAAGUGAGAUGGCCCAGUCUGGAUACUGACGAUGGCAUGAUAUGCAUGCAGAGCGGCGCCGUGAAAAUACCAUCUGUAGACGGUCAUGCAUACCUCUGUCUGCCCAAAUCUCAGCAGGAAUUUACAGUACAUUUUUUGUGUAAAGUGAGCCAGAAGCCAGGCUCAUCUGUAGUAUUGUCAGAAAAAAAUAAUCAAGUCCCAAAAGAACAGGUAGGAAAAGCAGACAAAAUCCAUGCAUAUGGAAGUUUGCAAGGACAGAGACGGAAGAAUAAAGAAAAUGAACUUCACUGUCAGAUGAUGAAACCCAAAGAACCUUCAGAGGAGAAGCCGUGUGGAAACAGAACUGAGGGGAAGGAGGCGCUGCCUUCGCCUGGCCCCCAGCACAGCUGUGUCCAUGCAUGGGUGGAGCAGCGCUGGUCUGUGGCCUCCUGCCCAGAGGAAUGGAAAUACCCUCUGUCUUUAGCACUUCGCUUUUGUAAUAAAGUCAGCAGUAUGUCUGGAACUGAUGGAAAUAUCGCCCAGAGCACAGUGUUAAUGUCUGCUGCUCCAGAGGAAGGAGGAAAAGAGGUUUCUGUUCUUCCCCAGGCCCUGCUGCUCAGCUGCCCUGUCCCACACCUGCACAGGUGGACUUUCUGUGACUCACUUUCACAGGGGCAGGCUGAUGAAGAGGAAUAUUCCUACUCUGAACUAGUGAAAGUGGUUUGGUACAAGGGUGUUACGUACAGACUUACUCAUAAAAAUGUGAACUCAAUAGAGAUUUAUCCUGGAGAUGGAUCUGUUUUCAAAUCAGAAGGAGCUUACUUUGGGAACUAUUUUACAUACUAUUCCAUUCCAGAAGGAUCAGAAGAGAGGGAAGAGAAAAUGUAUUCAGUAAAUAAUCUUCCUCCAGAGAGACCAGGAAGUCUGUUUUCUGUGUGUUCUCUAAUUAAACAGGCCACCAGGAUUCUUCACCACUGCGCCAAGAUGAGGCUCUCUUUAAGCCAUAACUAUCGUAUAUGCUGCUGGAAAAUGGCACCUGGGAUAAAUGAGAAUAUGCUGCCUUUGCUUUUGAAAGAAUCAUUCAUACCCAAUGUGGGAAGAUUUCUUGCUUAUUCUGAUGACAAAGUACAUACCAUCUUUAUAGAUGGCAUUACUCUAACCCUAAAUUGGAAAUUUGGCUCUUUUAAUGGAAAAAGACAGAUAAAUCAAGGCCUCAACUUAGGUUGGUGUAAGUUAACUUUUCCUGAUGGACACGAUCAGUUAAUUCAGAUUGAACACCCCGGACAAUAUAAAAGAUAUGUGUCAACAGUAAUAUCAUGGUGCAGAAGACUGACCCAGACCAGUCAGAGAGAGAUGCCCAUACAUCCUUCAUCUUCUGUUCUUGAAGAAAAUUGGUGUGUAGCUUCUGAACUUGAAAAGAUACAGAAGUUUAACUUGUUACUGGAAAACAGUGGUGUCCUAAACCAGAUUUCUAACAAGAAAAAUGAACAGUCUUUUGAUUGUAAACCAAACUACUCAGAAACCUUGCUAGAAGAAGUUAAUGAAAAGAGAGUAUCAGUGGCAUUAAAAAGAACCUCUGAAAUUAUUCAGGAUAUUGAUUGUCUUCUAUCAAGCUCUAAAAAGUGA